GGGCUUUACAUAACGAUCAACGACAAUACUAUCAGUAGGAUCUAUCAGAUCCUCUCGAACUGGCCAACAACAAACGUUAGGGCAAUUGUGGUGACAGAUGGCGAACGAAUUUUGGGACUUGGUGAUCUCGGCACUUACGGCAUGGGUAUCCCGAUCGGUAAACUUGCGCUUUACGUGGCACUUGGUGGUGUUCGUCCUGAAUGGUGUCUGCCAAUUUUGAUCGAUGUCGGCACCAACAAUGAGAAACUCCUCAAGGAUCCGUUCUACACAGGUCUGCGAAGAAAGCGCGUGCGUGGACAGGCAUACGAUAACUUGCUGGAUUACUUCAUGAUAGCUUGCACCAAACGAUUCGGACGAAAUGUCCUGAUUCAAUAUGAGGACUUUGGUAAUUUGAACGCAUAUCGUUUGCUGGACAAAUAUAAGCACGUGUACAACAUGUUCAACGAUGACAUACAAGGAACCGCUGCUGUCGUCGUUGCUGGUCUGCUGACGACGACAAGAGUUACGAAGAUGAAGCUAUGCGAGUAUACAAUAUUAUUCUUUGGUGCUGGA